AUGCCAAACAAAAUAACCAUUUUCUUAAUUAUUCUUACCAUAAUUACCGCACUCUUGUAUGAAUUCCUUUCUUUUAUUGGAUUGUUUCGUGAAACACCCAAAGCCUAUUCUGGUGACAGGUGUAGAAAAAUAGAUGAAAAAGGUAUAGAAGCUUGUGAAGAUAUUGUAAUUCAUCAUGAAAGUGGAUAUGCUUUUAUGGCUUGUGGAAAUUCGGAACUUAGAAGAACUCAUUGGUUUCCAGGAUCUGGAGUUUUUAAAAAUAAAAGUAUUCAAUAUAGAGAAACAGUUUUCUCCUACAACAUUGAUUCAGAAACUUUAUUACCAAUUAAUUUUAAAAAUUACCCUGAUGAUGAAGAUGUAGUUCUUCAUGGAUUUGGAAUUCAUCAAGAUCCAGCUGAUCAUAAUGUUUUAUACCUAUUUCUUAUUAAUCAUAAACGAUCAGGAAGUGUGGUUGAGAUUUUUAGUCAUAUAAUCGGGUCACAAGAAUUACAUUAUAUAGAAACCAUUAAAGACGAUCUGAUUAAUUCACCAAACAAUGUUUUCCCUGUUUCUAAAAACGAAUUCUAUGUUACAAAUGUUCAUUACUCCAAAAAUCCAUUUAUGGUACAAUUUGAAUUCAUAACACGUCGUCCAUGGUCAAAUGUUGCGUUUUAUUCUGGAGUUAAUAAUAAAACAGAAAUAGCUGCAGAUAAAAUAUGUUAUCCUAAUGGAAUAGAUGGUAACUGGGAUAAUUCACGUAUUUACCUGUCAACAAGUUCUGGCAAAUUUUUUGUAUUUGAACGAAACCAUGAUAACAAACUAAAAUUACUUGAUGAUAUUGAAAUCGGUUUUGGGGAUAAUAUUAGUGUCGAUGAUAUUACUGGUGAAAUUUAUUUAGCUACAUUUCCAAAGAUUAUGCCAAUAGUUCACUUCUCCAAAGGUCAUUAUGAAACGCAUAUACCAACUAUAAUCUUGAAAAUUAGCAACAAUACAAAUGAAGAUAAAUCCAAUGGUAUAAAAUAUUCUAAAGAAAUUGUGUUUCAAGAUGAUGGAAGCUUUUUCAGUUUCGUUACAGUUGCAGCUGUUGAUAGAAAAAGAAAUGUGUUGUUAUUGGGUUCUAUUUAUA